AUGGAAGAACUUACAGCGUUUGUCUCCAAAUCUUUCGACCAGAAAAGCAAGGAGAGCAGCAGCGGAGGAGGAGGUGGUGGCGGCGGAGGUGGUGGAGGAGGAGGCGGCGGCGGUGGCGGCAGCAGCGGCGGAGGAGGCACCGGCCACAAGAAGGAGACUAUCACGUACCGGGAAGUUUUGGAGAGUGGGCUGGCGCGCUCUCGGGAGCUGGGCGCCUCGGAAGCCGGCAGCCUGCAGGACCUGGCCGAGAGCGGCGCGCACUGCCCGGUGCACCUUUUCAAGGAGCACGGAGACGGAGACAAGGACAAGCUCAAGGACUUCAACCACGCCAGCAGGACCUCGGAAGGGAUAUAUGAGUGCAAAGACAAGCGGGAAGAGGUGAAAUCCGAAGACGAAGACGGCCAGACCAAGCUGAAGCAGAGAAGGAGUCGAACCAAUUUCACACUGGAGCAGCUGAACGAGCUGGAGAGGCUCUUCGACGAGACGCACUAUCCGGACGCCUUCAUGAGGGAGGAGCUGAGCCAGAGGCUGGGGCUGUCGGAAGCCAGGGUUCAGGUUUGGUUCCAGAACCGAAGAGCCAAAUGCCGGAAACAGGAGAACCAGAUGCAUAAAGGUGUGAUCUUGGGGACGGCCAGCCACUUAGACGCCUGCCGAGUGGCUCCUUACGUCAACAUGGGUGCCCUGAGGAUGCCUUUCCAGCAGGUAGUCCAAGCUCAGCUGCAGCUGGAAGGCGUCACCCAUGCCCACCCUCACCUCCACCCUCACCUGGCUGCACACGCCCCUUAUCUGAUGUUUCCUCCGCCCCCUUUUGGACUUCCCAUUGCCUCCUUGGCAGAUUCCGCCUCUGCGGCCGCAGUAGUAGCAGCGGCUGCGAAGAGCAACAGCAAGAAUUCCAGCAUCGCUGACUUGAGGCUCAAGGCUCGGAAACACGCCGAGGCCCUGGGCCUCUGACAUUUCCUCCCCAGAAGCCAUUUUGUUGCCAGGAAUGGACAAUUGUAUCUUUCCUCUAUCCAGUCUCCGAGCUUGGCUGCGAUAAGGACAACUGGUACCUUUUUAAAGGCCCACAAGUACUUGUAGACAGGCUCAGCGCUGGCCUGUUCCUUCUUUCCUCCCUUUCUCAUC